AUGAAGACUGUCCUAGCCGGAGCAACUCUUUUGGCGGGCCUGGCGGCAGGCCAGAACGCCAUCACAGCAGACGGCACGAACUUCACCCUGACCGCCAACAACGCCUCGUACCUCUUCCACGUCGACACAGCCUCGGGCGAGCUCAUCUCCGACCACUGGGGUGGUUCCGUGAACGAUUUCAUCCCGCCCGUCAGCCUCUUCCAGGGUGGCUGGGUCGACCAGAGACCUCCCAACACCGGACUCAGCAACAUCCGCCGCGAGUUUCCAGACAUUGGACGAGGGGCAGAGUUCCGUCUGCCGGCGAUCCACAUCAAGCAUGCAGAUGGCAACACCGUGUCAGAAUUCAACUACCAAUCCCAUCAGAUUGUGGACGGCAAGCCGAAACUUCCUGGCCUUCCAGCGACAUAUGGCGGGAGUGGAGAUGUGUCGACCAUCCUCGUUACGCUGUACGACAACUACAGCGACGUGACUGCUGUGCUGUCGUACUCCGUCUUCCCAAAGUACAACGCCAUCGCACGCUCCUUCCAGAUCACAAACAAUGGCACAAGCAACAUCAGCAUCGAGCGAGCAGCCAGCUUCAGCAUCGAUCUGCCCAACCAAGAGCUGGACAUGAUCGAGCUCCAGGGUGACUGGUCUCACGAGGCCAACCGCGUGAAGAGGAGAAUCGAUUAUGGCGAGACCAGCUUCCGAAGCAGCGAGGGUUAUUCUUCACACCUGCACAACCCUUUCUUUGCGCUUCAGUCACCCACCACUACCGAAUCUAGCGGCGAGGCGUGGGGUUUCAACUUGGUGUACACUGGAAGUUUCGCGGCGUCCGCUGAGCGGUACUCUACUGGUGAUGUUCGUAUCCUUCUCGGCUUGAACCCACUUCAUGCCAGCUUGCCAGUCGCGCCAGGCGAGACCUUCACAUCACCUGAAGCAGUUUCAGUCUACUCCGCACAAGGUCUCGGCGGUAUGUCCCGAUCUCUCCACGACCUGUACAGGAACCACCUCUCGAGAGGCAAGCAGACUCUGCAGACCCGCCCCAUCUUGCUCAACUCCUGGGAAGGCCUCGGCGCCAACAUCAACGACACCUCCAUGGUCCAGCUCUCCGGCGAGGCAGAAGAGCUCGGUAUCGAACUCAUGGUCAUGGACGACGGCUGGUUCGGCGUGGAGUACCCUCGUGACAACGACACUAUGGGUCUCGGUGACUGGACCCCCAACCCAGCCAAGUUCCCAGACGGCCUCAGACCCUUCAUUUCAGACAUCAACAACUUCACCGUCCUCAACUCCACCAAGGACCUCCAAUUUGGCAUCUGGGUCGAGCCAGAAAUGGUCAACCCCAACUCCACCCUCUACCGCGAGCACCCAGACUGGGUCAUGUACACCGGCAACCACCCCCGAACCCUCACCCGUAGCCAACUCGUCCUCAACCUCGGCCUGAAAGAAGUCCAAGACUACAUCAUCGACUUCAUGCACAAACUCCUCGACUCGGCCAACAUCCAAUACAUCAAAUGGGACAACAACCGCGGCAUCUCCGAAAUGCCCUACCCAGCCGCAGACCACGACUACAUCCUUGGGCUCUACCGCGUCAUCGACGACCUGACCACCUCCUACCCGGACAUCCUCUGGGAAGGCUGCGCUUCAGGUGGCGGCCGCUUCGACGCAGGUCUGCUCCACUACUGGCCCCAAUCCUGGACGUCAGACAACACCGACGCCGCCAACCGUCUCACGAUCCAGCUCGGCACAUCCCUCGCAUACCCACCCUCAGCCAUGGGCUGCCACGUCUCCGCCGUGCCGAAUGGUGUGACGAAACGCAACAUCUCCAUAACAUACCGCGCGCACGUCGCAGAAAUGUGCGGUUCCUUCGGCUUUGAAUUGAACCCCUCCGAACUCAGCGAAGACGAGUCCUCCCACAUCCCCGCCAUCAUGGCCGAAGCGCACGACGUCAACCCCAUCGUCAUCUCCGGUGAUUUCUACCGCUUGCGUCUCCCUGAUGACAGCAACUGGCCAGCGGUGCAGUUCAUCUCAGAAGACGGGAACCGCGCGUUAGUCUUUGCGUUCCAGCAACUGGCGACUGUCAAGCCCGCCGCGCCACCCCUUAGGUUGCAAGGCCUGGAUCCCACGGCGAGGUACUUUAACGAUGCGGAUAAUGCGACGUAUUCCGGGGCGACGUAUAUGAAUGCAGGCAUGAACGUGAAUUUCCCAACGAUGGAUUAUCAGAGUAAGCUAAUACGGUUGUACCAGUCGCAGUAG